AUGUCUCUCCUUCACAAUGAAGAUUUUACGAUAUGGCAACUGCGCACCUCUUAUCUAUCCACAAUCAAAGACGGAAUAGGCGAUAGACUCAUCAACGUGAACAACUCGGUUCUCAACACUCCUGGAUUUCGCGCGGCGGGCUGGUCGUCGGCUUCCACAAAUCCUAGCGCACAGAGCGUAGCAGCCCAUAUCCGCCGGACAUACUCCCCUCCGAUUCCCACCACCGCUGCAGUUACCUCGGAGUAUUAUCAACUUGGUGUUUCCAGGGAUGCAAACGAAGCCCAGAGAUUUGGUUUAGGGGAGGAUGGCGAGGAAGAUGAAGGGGGUAUGGUGACGGGUAAAAGCUCGACGGAGGUGAUAGGGCGCCGGCCCCAUGGACGCGCUGGGAAAAGGACCCAUCGAAAGGAGCGACAGCAAAACGAUUCCUAUAAACAAAGAGAUGCGGAGGAGGAUGACAGCAGUGAUUUGAGUGAUGAGAGCGACGAUGAUGUGGAUAGUCAAAGGGCUUCCCAACAGAUCAAAUUUCCUAAACUACCAAUACGGACACGGGCCGGAUCCUCUCCAAUACGUUCAACGGAUCGUCAAGAAGGCCCACAACUUAUGGUCACAUCUCCUUCUCACCCCACGAUGGGCAUGCAUUACCGCACGGGAUCGCUAGGAACUGCUGUUAGUGUGAAUGAGCGGCCACGGCGAGAUACAACUACUACCGCUAGCAGCGACAUGUCUUCGGAUAAUGAAAUGGGCUCCUUGGCGUCACGGAAGCAGAUUCAGUUCUCUGGUCAGGAUCAGGUUAUAGAGUUGGCUAGUAACAGGCGCAGGGGAGCUGGAAACAGGAAUCUUGGAGGACUAGAUGAGCACCCAGAAGAUUCGGGAGCUGAGUCCGAGGACUCGGCACUUUCAUCUGAUUUCGAUGCCACCGCCGGCUCUGCAUCACUCUUGGUAGGCGUCGGUAUCACUGGAAGCUUGGAUUCAUCAUCACCUAUGAUGAUGCAUAAGUUGCCGAAUGGAACAGGACCUCAAACGGCAUCUCCUAGGAAGGCCAAAACACCAGCUCCCGAAUUGCAAGACUUGCCUCCGCCGCGGCCUAUUAGCACAGUGCAACCUGUUAGUUUGCUGUCGAAGGCACUCAACGCGCGCAAACGUGCACCGACCAAUCCGGUUGAGAAAUUUGCGGUACUCUCGGGCAAAGGCCUUACUGAUGCAUUGAAUAUCAAGUUAUACUUGCCGUUUUCUUCUGACCCGGAAGAGCCGAUUGACCUUCCUAUUGCCCGGGAAUCUAAACUCGCGGAACAACCAGCUCCCGUCACUGUUGUCGAGGCGAUCGGUUUGGCACUCUGGCGAUACUCGGAAGAAGGUCGUCAACCUGCUAUUGAACGUAAUAAGUUGACUGUUAACCGAUGGGCGCUUCGAAUGGUAGAAGACGGCGAAGUGGAAUACGACUUUCCCGCUUUAGGACGAACGUCACAGAUUAUGGAUUUUACGUCGAAUAACAAUCGAGCAACGGGGGCACGAGGUCGAGGCAGAGGGAAACAGUACGACGAAUUUGCCCUGGUGGAGGCCUCCGAUAGUGAAUUUGAAGAGAACGAGCGCCAGUUUCCCAUGGAGAGCCAAGCCGUUCUUCCUGAAGACACCAAUGAUGCAGCAUCAGCUCUCAAUGUUCCCUCCGCCCAACCGACUUCUCAAAACAAAGCGCCUCGACCCAAUCCGAUCUUAGGGCAACCGUUUUCGUCGGCACUCAAUGACAAUACGCUCACGCCUGCCGAUCGGCCUGCGGUGCCAACGUCGCAUGCUACGCCGCGACUGGGGGUCUCGAAGACCCUGAAGAUCCGCUUCAUCAAUAUUGAGGGUUCUACGCAAGUCACGACUCUCAACACGUCCACUGAUAGCUACAUCGCGGAGAUCUUGGAUUCGGUAUGCAAACGCUGGGGCUUAGAUAAGGGGAAUUACCUCCUGAAGGUGAUGGGAUCCAAUACGAUCGCGCCUCUAGACCGCACCGUGGAAGCCCUGGGGAACCUUACCGAGCUUGAUCUCGUGCGCCGGCGCUUCGGGCCCCAGUCGUUGACUGGCUCUCCGGGAAGCUCUUCCCCCAAUGCACCGCUUCAAAUUGACAGCGGCACUGUGCCAUCGAGCAAGAAAGCGAAGAAGGGCGGACCGCGCAUGUUACAUCCGCUGGCGCAACAGCAGGACCUCAUUGGGGGCUACUACCGUCGUUACCACGUGUUUCGCAAGCAAUCCAUGUCUUUCACCGCCUCGAACCAUAAGAUUCUCACGUUUGACAAUGACUACAUGCACAUCAUGCCGGGGGAUACUGCGAAGACUGGAUCGGACACUAAGACCCGGUCGAUUAGUUUCAACGACGUUGUUGGAUGCAAGGUGAGCCGUCGCCAUCCCAAGAACUUCCGCGUGGUUGUGCUUCGCGGCAACGAUGCGAACGAGCAGAAGCGAUAUGACUUUGAGGCGCGUAACGCACUGGAAGCGAUGGAGAUUGUGGAUGAAAUCAAGAAGAACAUGGCGCAUUAUCGGAUUUAG